GACUGGACGCGCGCGGCCUCAGCCGCUCCCAGCCCCGCCAGACCCGACGCCCGAGCGGGAGAAGCGCGGGGGCCGACGCACCUCAGAAAGGCGGGGGCAGGAGCAGCUCUCCUUUACCCUAGAGCGGCGACAGAAGCUCUUCGGGGGCUCAAUGGCCAAGGGGGCGGACAGAUUUGCGCGGCGGAUUCCUCCUAAGCUACCCGUGUGAAAAAGUCAAGCGGAGGCUGCAGGCCGGGCCGCGAUGGGGGUGACACCGCUCGUGGUCCCGCCCCUUCCCGUGGCGGCUCGGAGCCACUUCCGGCGGCGGCGUCCGGGCUAGCUCUCGGCGCGAGCGGCCCCGGGCCGGUUCCUAACUUCUCAUCCAGGACUUGCCGGCGAGGCCUGGUUUAGGUCUCCAGUAACCGAGCCCAGGCCCGGCAGGCGCGACCCGGGGUGCGAACGGCAGAGCUGCCUCAGAAGUGGUAAAAUGUGCUGCGAGAAGUGGAGCCGCGUGGCGGAAAUGUUUCUCUUCAUUGAGGAGCGGGAAGAUUCUAAGAUCCUGUGCCUUUGCUCCAGGGCAUUUGUAGAGGAUCGAAAAUUAUACAAUUUGGGAUUAAAAGGCUAUUACAUCAGAGACAGUGACAACAAUUCAGGAGACCAGGCGACAGAAGAGGAAGAAGGUGGUUAUUCUUGUGGUACUGCGGAAUCACGUGACAACAAAGGCAUAUGCCUAGAUGAAAGUGAGCUUGAUUCUGAGGCUGAACUCAUGAGAAGUAUGGGAUUGCCACUUCAAUUUGGUAGGAUAUCUGCACAUAAGAAUUUUGAGGUAUCUAUGAAUACUAGAAAUAAAGUUAAAAUAAAAAAGAAAAAGAAGAAACAUCAAAAGAAAUACUUAGAUGAAAUUAUGCAAGAAUCUUGGAGAAAAGAAUAUGAAGAAGAACACAUUUUGGCUUCAGAUGAUCCAUCUUCAAUUGAACAGUAUGAGAACACCAGAAUAUGUGAACUUCAAAGCAAAAAAGAUACUGAGACAGAAAAUCUUCCUGUUGAAAACACAUUAUCUCCAAAGCUAGAAAUUACAGAGAAAUGGGAAAAGUAUUGGAAUGAAUACGGAGGAGGACUAUUGUGGCAGAGUUGGCAAGAAAAACAUCCAGAUCAAGCACUAUCUUCUGAACCUUGGAACUUUCCUGAUACAAAGGAAGAAUGGGAGCAACAUUAUAGUCAACUUUAUUGGUAUUAUUUGGAACAGUUUCAGUAUUGGGAAGCUCAGGGUUGGACUUUUGAUGCCUUGCAAAGCUGUGAUACAGAUACUUACACAUCUAAAACAGAAGCUGACAACAAGAAAGAUGAAAAAUGCUUGAAAGUUGACUUAGUAUCUUUUCCAUCUUCACCUAUUACAGUUGAUAAUGACAGCUCUGGUACAAGUGAUAAGGAUUGUAGUGAAAUACUUGAUGGAAUUAGUAACAUAAAACUAAAUUCAGAGGAAGUAAAACAGAGCCAAUUAGAUUCCUCUACAAGUCAUGAUGGUCAUCAACAGCUAAGUGAAGUUAGUAGCAGAAGAGAGUGCCCUGCUUCCGGCCAAAGUGAACCACAUAAUGGAGGAACCAAUGAGGAAAGCAGCCCACCAGGGAAUACAAGCACAGACCCACCAGCUCAGGAUUCACAGAAGUCUUCAGGAACAAACACAAGCAAAGACAGACCACGUGCCAGUGGUACUGAUGGAGAUGAAAGUGAGGAAGAUCCACCUGAGCAUAAGCCAGGCAAACUGAAGAGGAGCCAUGAACUGGACAUCGAUGAAAACCCAGCUUCAGACUUUGAUGACAGUGGUUCCCUUCUAGGAUUCAAGUAUGGCUCAGGACAAAAAUAUGGUGGAAUUCCAAAUUUCAGUCAUCGGCAGGUCAGAUAUUUAGAGAAGAAUGUGAAGCAUAAGUCUAAGUACCUGGACAUGCGCAGACAAGUAAGGAUGAAAAACAAACACAUCUUCUUUACCAAAGAGUCAGAAAAACCAUUUUUCAAGAAAAGCAAAACUCUGAGUAAGGUAGAAAAAUUCCUCACAUGGGUUAACAAACCAAUGGAUGAAGAAGCAUCACAGGAAUCGUCUUCUCAUGACAAUGUGCAUGACACUUCCACAAGUAGUGAUUCAGAGGAACAAGACAUGUCUGUUAAAAAAGGUGAUGACCUACUGGAGACUAGUAAUCCAGAACCUGAACAUUGUCAGACCGUAUCUUCAGCUAGUGAACUUGAAACAGAAAACUGUGAAGGAGACAGCUUGGUAGCAACUGUUCCAGAUGAGCAGGAUUGUGUUAUUCAAGAAGUACCAGAUUCCCUCCAGGCAGGAACUGAAGCUGAAGUUAAAAAGAAGAAGAACAAGAAGAAGAACAAAAAGGUGAAUGGUCUGCCUCCUGAAAUAGCUGCUGUUCCUGAGCUGGCAAAAUACUGGGCCCAGAGGUACAGGCUCUUCUCCCGUUUUGAUGAUGGGAUUAAGUUGGACAGAGAGGGCUGGUUUUCAGUUACACCCGAGAAGAUUGCUGAACACAUUGCUGGCCGUGUUAGUCAGUCCUUCAAGUGUGAUGUUGUAGUAGACGCAUUCUGUGGGGUUGGAGGAAAUACCAUUCAGUUUGCCUUAACAGGAAUGAGAGUGAUUGCCAUUGAUAUCGAUCCUGUUAAGAUUGCCCUUGCUCGUAAUAAUGCAGAAGUUUAUGGGAUAGCAGAUAAGAUAGAGUUCAUCUGUGGAGAUUUCUUGCUGCUGGCUGCUUGUUUAAAGGCUGAUGUUGUGUUCCUCAGCCCGCCUUGGGGAGGGCCAGACUAUGCCACUGCAGAGACCUUUGACAUUAGGACGAUGAUGUCUCCUGAUGGCUUUGAAAUUUUCAGACUUUCCAAGAAGAUCACUAAUAAUAUUGUUUAUUUUCUUCCAAGAAAUGCUGAUAUUGACCAGGUGGCAUCCUUAGCUGGGCCUGGAGGGCAAGUGGAAAUAGAACAGAACUUCCUUAACAAUAAAUUGAAGACAAUCACUGCAUAUUUUGGUGACCUAAUUCGAAGACCAGCCUCUGAAACCUAACUAUGCAGCAGUGUGAGAACCAAAGAUCAUGGAGUGGUCAAAACAUUCAGAUGAGACAUUUGGCAUGUCUUCCUUUAUUCGCUGAUAUAUUCUACCCAUGGUCUUAUAUCACUGUAUGAAAUGGAAACUUAUAGGACUCAAAUAUCAGUGAAAUAUUUUGAGAUCUUUGAAUAAUUCCUUUAGAGGAAUUAUACAAAAUUAAUACAUAUGAGUUCUUUGUGUUUUUUUUUGUUGUUGUUUUUUUUUUUUUUUGAGACAGUAUCUCACUCUGUCACCCAGGCUGGAGUGCAGUGUCAUGAUCACAGCUCACUGCAGGUUCAACCUUCUGAGCUCAAACAAUCCUUCUGCCUCAGUCCCCCCAGUAGCUGGGGCUUUAGGUGGGCACUGCCACACCAGACUAAUUUUUGUAUUUUUUAUAGAGACGAGGUCUCACCAUGUUGGUCAGGCUGGUGUCAGACUCCCUGGGCUCAAGUCAGUCCACCCACCUUACCCUUCCCAAGUGCUGGGAUUACAGGCAUGAGCUACUGUGCCCAGCCUUACGGACGUCCUUUUGAAGUAUCUUUUUCACUCAUAGAAUAUGAAUACAUUUAUUUAGACUUUUUCUAGAACUUCCCUGUUUUCAUGUCUUUGCUUCAUCUGGAAUUGGCUUCUUGACACCCUUUUAUAAAGUCUAUGUUUGUAAAAUUUCCAUUGUGACAUCAAUACGAAAUAUAUUUUGUAAUAUAGGAGUUUAUAUUCUUUUUUUAUUAAAAUGGCAAUGAAAGCAAAAGGGAUAUGUGUUGCUUAAUUAUUCAUCUAAAAAGUGUUGGGGCAAAAAAAUAGUGACAUACAACUCUGUCCAUUGAAGGUUAGACCUGGGACUUCUAUAUUUUAAUAAUACGAGCAUGUUAAACAUUAAACAGAACAUGAUAUUGGCUGGGAUAAGAUUAGAGAAUUGAAAUAAAUUUGGGGAAUUUCCAAGAAAUACUGGAAAAUUAGACUAGAAAAACAGCUGUUAUAUAAAUAACUUUGUUGGAGUAUGCUAAUUUUAGUGUCUUGAAACUUUACAGUACAGUAGUAACUGAGCUGAUCAUUAAAGGUGAAAUUACUUUUUCAUUAAUUCACACCUUCAAAAUCUGUCCAAAUGUUCUUGGUUUUUAAACUUUAUGUAGCAUUCUUAAAGUCACUAGGGAGAUGGCAGGUGAAGUAAAGGCAGAUUUCCAAAAUCACCAAUUUUUUUUAGUUUUCUGUCACUUAACCUUUCAUGCAUAUACUUAUUUCCACAACUAAUUUUCUUACUUGUAUAUUAAUAAAACUAACUCAUCUUCCUGAAGAUACAUGAUCUCAUAUGAGAAGAAUAGGAAGCUUAGCCUUAGUUAGCUAAAACUAAGAUAUUCUUGCCCACUAAUCACACAGGGAUAAAACUAAUUAAUAGACUGUUAAGAUUGUCAGUACUCAAUAGGACUUCAGCAGCGUUCUAGUCCAUUGUGUGAAUCAGGUUCAAAAAAAUCUUAUUAAGAAGACAAAUACAUAAAAUGGAUAAAAAGACUGGGUGCAGUGGCUCACGCCUGUAAUCCCAGCACUCUUGAGAGGCCAAGGUGGGCGGAUCACCUUGUGGUCAGGAGUUCUAGACCAGCCUGGCCAGCAUGGUGAAACCCCGCCUCUCUACUAAAAAUGCAAAAAUUAGCCGGGCGGGGUGGCACACGCCUGUAAUCCCAGCUACUCAGGAAGCUAAGGUAGGAGAACUGCUUGAACCCAGGAGGUAGAGGUUGCAGUAAGCUGAGAUUGUGCCACUGCACUCCUGCCUGGACAACAGAGCAAGACUAUCAAAAAAAAAUGUGAAAGUACUCCCCACCUGCCACAUUUUCUUUCCCCUGUGAGACCCCUAUCUCAAAAAAUAAGUAAGUACAUAACCAUAAUUUGUUAAUGAUUACAGCAGUUCUUGUAUAUUUGUUCCAUGUCUUAAAAAUGAUAGUACAGAUUGAUACCUACGUAUUUGGAGAUGGGGGCUCACGCCUGUAAUCCCAACACUGGGAGGCUGAGUUGGGCAGAUCACCUGAGGUCAGGAGUUCAAGACCAGCCUGACCAGUGAAACCCCAUCUCUAGUAAAAAUACAAAAAUUACAGUGGUGGUGCAAGCCUGUAGUCCCAACUACUCAGGAGGCUGAGGAAGGAGAAAUUCUUGAACCCAAGAGGCAGAAGUUGCAGCCGAGAUUGCACCACUGCACUCCAGCCUGGGUGACAGAGCAAGACUCUGUCUCAAAAAAAAAAAAAAAAAAGAAUGCUUUUGAUUUUUGUCUCUUUAUAUUCAGUCGUCUUACUGAACUCGUUUAUUAGUUCUAAUAAUUUUUGUUUGUUUCCCCCUUCCUCCCCCCCCCAUAGUUUUUAAUUGAUACACUUUGAUUUUCUAAAUAAGCAGUCAUGACAUCUACACAUGAGUUUUUCUCUUUGCAAAAAUGUAAGCCUCUUAAUUUUUAUUUUCCUGUUGCAUUGGUUCGGACUGCCAGGAAUGUUGUAAUAGCACUUGUUCCUUCUUAUUUUGCAGUGAAAGGUUAGAAGCAUUUCUAUUAAAUGUUAUUGUAGCUCACAUCAAAAUUAAGAUAUUGCCUCUCCUAUUUUUUUUUUUUUUUAAUUUUAGGCUUCCUCAAAUCAUGGGGUUCCACUUUUUUAUUUAAUGUAGGAAAGUCUAAAUUACCUUAAAAUUUUCAAAUUAUUUAACCCUGUGUUCCUUUAAUUAAAUCCAACUGUAUCAUAAUGUAUUAAAUAGUUCACUACUGGAUUUCAUUUGAUAAAUUUACUUUGUUUUGUUUUGUUUACGUUUGCUUUUGAGCACCUUGCCUGGUUUUGGCAUCCAAGUUAAGCUAUUCUGGCAGAAUGCUUUAGUAAGUGUUUCAUUUUUUUCUUUCUCCCCCCCCCCCCGCCCGCCCCGCCUUUUUUUUUUUUUAUAAUUUUCAUUUCACAGGUACAUGUGCAGGUUUGUUACAUGGAUAUGUUACCUGAUGUUGACAUUUGGGCUUCUCCUGAUCCCAUCACCCAAAUAGUGAAUAUAGUGCUCAAUAAAUAGUUCUGUGUCCUAAA